AUUCCAGAUAUUCUCGUCAGCAUCAAGCCAAACCUUAACAAACGUAUCUCAGACGCAGACGAGACUCUGCUUGCCCCACUCGAUGAUAUUGCGGUUCUAUGCGAGAAAUUCCUUCUCGAACGCCCACGAAGUAAGGAAUUGGCGCAGUUCACAGACGCGCUCGAUCGAGAAGGUACGGAGCUUUGGAACGCCUCUGGCACCGUCAAAUCUGGCGCUGGUGGCAGAUCGAAUUCCAUCUGUGCUGCUCUCAGAUUAUGUGGCUUUCGUCUCCUGCAGGCCGGAAUGCCCUCUAAGCCUGAUAUUGAUGGUGAGCGCAUUGUUCUAAGACUUUCGGAGAUGGCUAAUAACUCUGGGCUAGGCUUGAUUCACAUGUUGCAGUUAGCCAGCAAGACAGGCGCCUUUCAGGCAGAUAUGGGCAAAUUUGAAGUAGCUGCCAGUGUACUAGGCUCUGCUGCCAAGUAUGAAGAACAACUACGGCACGCCAGUGAUCCACAAGAUUUAUAUCAACGGCCGAAAGCGCUUGCGACUGUGGUUUACUAUUGCAGCAGGAUGGAAGCUGCAUGGAAAGAGGGCAACGACAGUCUCGCACGAUAUAUGCUUCAGUACAUCACUGGUGGGGUCGACACGUCGUUUCCUCCAAAUCGCAUGUCCGUCGCGUCGAAGCUGUUGGAGAUAGGAAGAUCAUUGUUGUCGAGCGACGGUCACCGCGAGGAAGGCUUGGAGCCCGGAAAAGCAUUCUCUCUUCAGGCUGUGGAAUGGCUCCAAAAGGCUUUCACUGUGGCCGAACCUCUGGAAGACAUGGAAACACCUGGCUCAGCAGAAGUCAAGGUAAGGGUUCAGUGCUCCGAGUCCGUAACUGCCCGCGCAUAUGUCUUGUCAUCGUCUCAUGAUCCCGAAAACCUCCUUCGCGCCGAAACGUCGCUGAAGGAACUACUCGCAGUCGUCGAUGGCGUCAGCAGCGAUACGGGCGCGGAGUUACAAGAAGUACGAUGGUGGCAGUUGGAGGUCCUUAAGCGGAGGGGAGCCGCCGCCGACGCCUUGUACGAUGUGAUACGGUCUCUCAUCGAUCAUAUGCAGUUCACAGAAGAAAGCUUGACUAGCGUUCUCCAGGAACUCAGAAUGCUACCUCAACACCAGGUCCUCCUUGUGUCAGUCUUGAAACAAUGCCUGGAAAAGGCUCUCAAAGUUACCGAUCCGACGAGCUUGCCAUUAGUCAACCGCGUUCUCUUGUCCACGAUCUAUCAAUGCUCCCGGGAUGAAGAUCAUGACAGAGCUAUUCGGGAUCUCCAGUCGGCUUUUGACGCUUCACUUUCCGCCGAUGUUGAACUCCCGAGGGUUCCCGCGACAUCGUGCUUGACUCUUCUGUGGCAAUUCGGUGAACGCCACUUCGGUAUUCAACAUUACGCAGAAGCUGCAGACUGGUACCUCUCGGGAACGCACCAAAUUUUCAAGCUCAGUCGAGCUACAAUGGGCAAGUGUUACCGUAAAGCAGCUUUGUGCUACAUCCAGCAACAAGAAUACGCAAAAGCAUCCGAGAUAAUUCGCCAAUGCCCAGGAGACGAAGCGCCCACCCAUUAUCUCUCACUGCUCGCCGCUAUCAAACAAGAAGGUUUGGAAGAUGAAGCUAUAGCCGCAGUGAAACAGAUGGUCCAGGCCACACACUUCGACCGCAAGAUGUUACUUCUUGUCACGCGGCUCGCUCACGAAUCCGACCUGCAAGGACUCCUCCACUCCGUUCUGGAGGAGUUACUGACUGCCGUGCUAGAGCAAGAAGGGUUCGAUGGCGAUGUGGAAGCCAUUACCCUCAUUCGCUGCUUAAUCCGAUUGGUCGUAAUAUUCAUCAGCGAUCCGAACACACGCAAGGAAAGCCUUAUCGAUGCCCUCAUCCAGCACUUCAUGACCGCAAAAACAUUGGUCAAAACGGCCUGCGCGCAAAACCGAGCGCCUCUGGUGAUUAAAGACAUCUCGUGGUUGUGGCGCAGCGCAUACAACUGUGCCGUCCAAGGAUGCUCAGAAUGGGCUAAUGCCGAAGAGAAAACGCCUAUGCUGUUUGAUUUGUCCAGGGAGCUCCUGGAAGUUUACCGCGAGGCCGCAGUGGUCGAAUUGGAUGAAACUAGUCAUCUCUGUAUUGUUUACGGCUCCUUCGCCUCUGUAUCUGGGAGAGUGUUUGCAAUUCGCAAGACUCUUGCAGAGCCAGCACCGGGUCAGACCGAGAGACUGAAGUCAUUAGCCGUUGAGAUCCAGGAAUGCGACCACAGGAUUCGUUCCAUCCUAAUGGUGACAUCGCUUUCAGAAGAGAAAACGCUCUCCGUCCAGACAUGCCUUCAUGCUUUGGUCGUCUUCGAAGCCGAAAUCUCAUGCUACCUCAAGGACUGGGGCCGCCUUCCUCACAUUAUCACCGUGCGCAACCCCAUCCCCAUGGAUGCCGUCGAGACGGUCACAGAUAUGCUCUGGGCGGAGAAAAGGUGCCCCGUCGAUGUCGCUCACCUUUUACGCUUUCGCGUCGGUUGUUCGCUGCAGGCCAUCCUCCGUGCGAGUCUCGACCAUAAUUCUCUGUCGGUCGAAAAAUUCUCUCGAUGGCUCCGAGCAACGUGCAGCAUCCUUUUGUCUCGCAAUACCGCUCCGGAUCGUACUAGGGUCAUCAAUUACAUCGAACAGGCGAUUACCGUCUUGGAUGAGCAUGGCGAUAUGUCCGACGAUGACGGCGAGGUAUACCCCAUGGACGAACGUUACUGGCUAUUGACCACGGCAUAUAACAACGGUCUCGAAUGUUUGCACAUGUCCAUGCUCGAUGAUGCUAAACGAUGGUUCGAGGCCAGUACCGUUAUUUGUAGGUUUGUUCCUGACGGCGAGAGGCAGGCGCAGAAGGUAUGUCGUCAAUGCCCACGAGGUCUGUACUCACACGUUGACAACGAUCCCUCUUAUGACCCAGAUCUCCGAAACCUACGCUCAGCUUCUCAACCGCUAUUCUUCCUCGUCCUCGUGAACGGUCUCGAUUUGCUCGCUCUGCUCUGUCUGCUGUGUUCCUUGUGCUAUGUUUCUGGUCCUUGUCUUGUAUCCGUAACCCUCUCUGGACUCGAUCUGCUAACGCCUUUCGGUCUAAUUCGUGUUCGCUGUUCGCGUUUCUUGCUGUAUCUGCUACGACCCUCUGCUUGGACUCGCUUGCUGGUUGUAUCCCCGAUUGAGUUUCUCUGUCUUUGUAGCUCCCAUGAUACCUGGCACCCGUCCAAAUGUAUGCUGGCUCACCCACUUAGUUAUUGCAAUUAA